UUGCCGUAGAACUCAACAGUAUCCUGCGCCGUCGGACCUCCCGAGUUGACAACACAAAGUCUGAGCAGCAUGGGAAAUGCGCGAAGCUGUGUUGUUGCCUCGCUCUCUGUGUGUUCCGUGUGUUUAGGCUGCGUGUACAUUUAUCGCUCUCAUAAGUUGCUGCGUCAAAAUGCGCUGAAUAGCGACAAACUUCCGAGUUUUGCGUAUCUUUACGUCAAAUAUCUGAGCAGAGCUGUGACGCGGAGAGCAGGUCAACUGUACGCGGCGCGCGCCGUAGGAGCGCGUGCCGUUGUUUACACGGUGCUCAACUGCAGGCUGGACAAAACUUUGCUGAGGAGAUUCUGCGGAGCAGCGGGGUAUGGAUGGGAUUAUCCGGACACCGAGUUCAGAGACCUCCCGCUGUGCUUUCCGGAGGUUCUCUGCUCCAGACUAAUGCUCAUGUUGUUAACAGACCACAACUUUAGACUCAGCCCAGCAGGUCUGGUCCGUGUGCGACAGAGCCUGAAAACCCUUCAGCCAAUCGAUGAGCUGAAGAAGGGUCCGUUCACGCUGCAGGUCGCGGUGGAGGGAUACCAGCAGACGGAUGCAGGCGUGGAGGUGGACGUCUGUUUGUCCGCUGCGUCUCGUUCCGGAUGUCCGGUGUGGGAGAGCGUCCUAACGCUGCUGUCACAGGAUCGGCGCCAUGAGCCCAGCAGAGACCUGCUGAGGAACGAAGAGGAGGGGCCAGAUGAUAAGGACAAUAUGAAGCAGGUGGAGGUCAGAGUUCCCAUGACUGCUGGCCCUCAGUGUGUUUGGCCCUUCACCGACUACUCCCCCCAUCGCCUCCUCUCUCUGCCGGCUGUGUUCUGCGGGCUGAAGUCUCGAACAGCGCCGGGUUUCUGGAUGCUGACCGUCUGCUUGGCCGAAAUAGAAAAGCGCAAAGGUGUUGAAAUUGUGUCGGCUCCCGUCAGCGUCACGGCCCAGUUUAAGGAGACUCCGCCAGCGGCAGGAACCGUAACUAUCAGGUUCUGGGGCAAGAGCAAAAACGCGGGUCGGUCUGCUGAUGAAGACCUGAGUUUCCAGGUGCAGCUGCAGGGACAAAGCUCCUCCCACAUGGUGGGACUGAUUUCUAGAACCUAAUUAACAUAGAUGAGUCAGACACUGUGACGCGCUUACGUUUUGAUUCGUUAGGUUUGCUCAGUUUGAGUGUGAUCAACACUUUUGAAGCACAACCAUGUUUUUUGGAAGUUCACAUCUCUUUUGACCCACCUUCAUUUGCAAAGUUGCUGCUACUUUUUCUCCUAAAUCCUUUGGAACCAGCAGAGUUGGACCAACUUUUUCCAUCAGAGGGUUUACAAAGUGAAAAUGAUAUGAAUAGUACACAUGGGGAAACGGCAGGUUGUGGUUUUAUAGACCAACUGCUGUUGUUGUCUGAGCCCAAAUACGACAUCAGUGCUACCUUUAAAUUCCUGGAAGUCUAAUGUCAAAUUAGACUCCAAAAAUAUUUUACAUUAUACUUUUCCAUCAAACUUAACAAAUAAAGCGAGUAGAGGAAAGGUGCACAAAGUCAAGCUUAUGUACUCAAACAUUAUUAUCCUUCAGUGCUUUAAAAACUAUUUGUACUUUUUGAUUCUUUUUGUUAUUAUAAUAAACUUGAGUGCAACUUUACCGGGAUUUUAAAGUGCACUCACUUUAAAAUCCAUAUUUGUAUUUAUCCCAGAGUCAAAAUUUUCUAGUAUCAUAUUUCACUUUAAUUACAGAUGUGAGUCUUUUGUCUUUAGCAGCUUUGUAAAUCCAGACUGUCAUUAUUAUUUUUUUGUCCAUUUCAGGGAGAUUAGGGCCAGAUGGAGAUUUGUUUUUUAAAUUAUGAGAGUAAAAUUCUAAUAUCAGUAGAAUAAAGAUGCAACAUUACCAGAAGGAAGUUGCACAAUUUCUAGAAAAAGUUGAUUUAAUGAGAGCAAACUUUGAUAUAAUUGUGAUUUAGUCCUUGUCAGAUCGUUUCAAAGUCAGGCCACUGAUAAUAAUUUGAUGCUGAUGUGAUAAAAGGUGAAAUAUGUCCUAUCUUGAAAACCAAUACCAAAGUAUAACUUCACAAGAUGCUCAUCAUUACUCAUUUAAUUUUUUUUUUUUUGUUUUCAUAAAAAAAAUUACUGAUUCAUUCUCUUAAUAUUAUAAAUUUAUUCUGGUAAUAUUAUGCCUUUAUCCUUGUGUUAUUACGUCUUUUUUACAGUAUUAUUCCGACUUUAUUGCUGUAAUAUUCGGAGCUUAUUCUCCUAUUAUUUCGACUUCAUUGUCGUACCACUUUAUUGUCGUAAUUUUUUUUCUUGGCCUGGCCCUAAUACUCCCUUCGUAGGAUGGAGUGCGUCUGUCAACAAAAAUGUUCACGUACCGAUUUUCUGAUCAUCUUUGACUAGGCCAUUCUAACUCAUAAACAGAAUCUAGUUUAAACCAUUGGUUCGAUGUUUCAGGCUAUUAUCAGUCGCCUGCAUGUUUUUUGCUUGUUUUAAAAUAUCUGCUGGGAAAAAUCUAUGUUCAUUUCUUUUGGUUCUUAGCUUACAGGAUGAUUUAUCACCAGAAGAAUCUUCACUUUGUUUCAGUAAUAAUAAAUGUUUUGUCUAGUUUCCCUUCAGCAGGUUCCAGUCAGAUUGAGGUUACGGUUUACGGCGGACGUUUUGUAGACCUACUGAACACUUUGUCGGUGCUGUGUCUACCCGCUGACCGCAUUGGGUCAAAGCAAACAUCACGCCUGCUGUGACUGAACGUUUUUCAAUAUUUCAUCACUCCAGUAUUUCCAUUUGCAGCUUCCAUGUGUGUGAGAGUCUGUCCUCUUGGAUUAUUUAUAUGCCGCCCUUCAGUGUGUGGCACAGAGAGGAGUGGCUCUCCAUGCAUCGCUGCACAGCUGAAAGGUCUGAGUUUACAAAAUUUGGUUGUUUUGAAAAGUCUUAGGCUUUUUAGGGUCAAACAAAAUGGACUAGGAGGGUUUGAUUACAGUUGAAAUGCAAUUGACUAGGUGUUUUCUAAUAAUAUACACAUUUUUGUUGGUUUUUUUUUUUUUUAGGAUUUGGAUGAAUGGAUUUUUUUUCUAAGAUUAUGAAAUAUUUAUGACCUCCUCUGUCUUCUGGUUGAAAAUGACUUCCGAUGCGUCUGUCAGGAUAGCAUUACAAAGAGUGGGGCUCUUUGUUAGAACGUAGUUUAAUGUUUAAAUUGGCCCUAAAAUGUGUUAAAUUUCGUCUGUAAAUUCACCGUAAUAAAGCUCCAUUAGCCAUGUUGUGCAUGUCACUGCUUUCACAUUUUAUUUCAUGUAAAAGGAGCCCCAACCAAGUGUUGACUGCAUAAACAUGGAGACACUUUUUAGUAGCCUCCCAUUUUUGUGUGGAAAAAUGUUUUUUGUUUUUAUCUCUAUAAGACAUUCACAUUUUUCAAAAAUUUAUUUUUACACCAAUUCACUGUUUAUUUUACCAAAAAUAAACAGUGAAAAUAUGUCAAUCUGUAAUUAAUCUGUAUGAGCUUAACAUACACGUCUGAAUUACUGAAAUACAUUUACAUUUCAAUAUUUGAAUUUAUUGAGAGGAUCUCUGUGUAAAAGCUAGCUCCGUAUUGUUUUCAUUAAAGCUGCAGUACGUAACUUUUA